AUGAUACUUCCAAAUACGUUUUUCGUCGCGGUGUUUUAUUUCGCUAUUUUGACAGCACAGUCAUCCCCUAUCUCCGCAAUUUAUGAAUUUCCCCCUAGUAUAUCGCUGGAGAAUCUCGCCAUUGGCCCAUCCAUCAACAGUAUUCUUGUCACAAGCGAUAACACACCCUCGGUCUACCAAAUCAAUAUCCCAACCCAUCCCAGCAGUAAGGUAGCAGCACUGCCAAUCUAUACCUUUCCAAACGCAACUGGAUUACUCGGAAUUGUCAAGUAUGCACUCAAUACAUAUGCCAUCGUUGUUGGCAAUUUCUCUAUCGCCGAUUUUGGCCAGAAUACCUCGUUCUCAAUCUGGAGUAUCACGUUUCCUGAUGAUGGCUCAUCCCAGGAGUCCGGAGCCGCUGUAAAAGCGCACAAGAUCACCGACAUCGCCCAGGCUCGCAUGCUGAACGGCAUGACUACGUUGAACGAAGAUCCACCGACCGUCUUGAUCGCUGAUAGUUUGGCUGGAUGUGUGUACCGUCUGCAUGCCAGCACAGGAAAGCUAGAAGUUGUCCUAGAAGAUGAGACGAUGAAGCCCGGUGGUGCUCCUGAGGAACCGGUUUCAUUACGCUCUGUUGCACUGAAUGGGAUCCGGAAGGUGACCACCAUGAACGACACCUAUCUUUAUUACAGCAACAGCAACAAGUCAACAAUAAAUCGAGUCUUGAUUGAUCCUCUAUCUGGGUACGCUAGGGGUCCCUAUACAACUUUGACGACGACUCGGGAACUUUUCUCACCCGAUGAUCUGAUAUAUGACUAUGAAACAGGCGAUGUGUAUUUUGCUGGACAUAUGGACAAUGUUAUCGUCAGAGUCAGCCCGAAUAGAGAAGGAGAAGAGACAGUGGUUGGGAAUGUGACGGCACCGAGCAGCCUGGUGUUUGGGGAGGGCAAGAAAAGUCGGAUUCUCUAUGGGACCACCGCUAGUGAAACAAGUGAUGGAAUCAAAAAGGCAGGUGGUAGACUAGUGACCGUUAGGAUAGAUGAUUUGUAG